CGCUGGCCUCUUGACAAAUUGCCUCACAAGUGAUGGCAAGCUCAUCUCGUGGGAGGCACAUUAUCCUGACUCUCAUGACGCACCGGAGACGCCAGGCGUCGGGCGCGUCGGCAUCGUGGGCCCUGGGGAGGUGGGGAAGCUGGGUGACGUCACCAACGGCACCGGGUUCACCGGCAUCGUCGACGGCGGCGUGGGCGUGGCCGGCGCUGUGAAGGGAGGCGUCGGCGUCUCCGGCCUCGUCACUGGCGGCGGAGUUGCAGUGGUUGGCGCCGUCCUCGGCGGAGUUGGCGUCUCUGGCUGGGUUGCCAACGGCACGGGAGUGGCAGGAGAUAUAAAAGGUGGCAUCGGCGUGGACGGCUUCGUGGGGGGCAAUAGCACAGGUGUGCACGGAGAUGUCAGCAGUGGCAUUGGUAUAUCUGGUGCCAUCGAAAAUGGCACAGGUGUCCAUGGAAAAGUAAGCGGAGGCACGGGCGUCUAUGGCACUAUCAAGAACGCAGUUGGCGUAAGAGGAAAUAUAAGUGGUGGGGUGGGGGUAAUUGGAACUCUUAAUGACGGAGUCGGGGUAGUAGGCUCCGUUAGCAAUGGCACUGGGGUGAAUGGCGUGGUGAAAGGGGGGAAAGGUGUUCUUGGGAAUAUAAGAAACGGCACUGGCAUCAGGGGCAACGUCGAAAGUGGAACAGGUGUCAUGGGGUAUGUUAUAGGAGGCACAGGCCUGAACGGCACAGUAGAGAAUGGCACUGGGGUAUUUGGCAUGGUCUCGGGCGGAACCGGGGUGGCCGGGACUGUGCUUGACGGCACGGGUGUGAAUGGAACCAUCCUGAGUGGCACGGGCGUGAACGGGAGUGUGAGCGGAGGCACGGGCGUCGCGGGAGUCAUCGGCAGAGGCACCGGCGUGUCUGGCGUGGUCAACGGAGGCGUGGGCGUGAGAGGGUUCGUCGUACCAGACACCUAUCUGACUCGCCUGCUUAGGGAAAACGCCGGCUGCUGGAACAGUUGGCGAUGA